AUUGAAGAAUCAACUGUUAAAAACAAAUCCAUGCUGAACUUUUUCUUUAUUAAUAAUUCAUUUUUAUGUCUUUACUUCUAUCGCUGAACGUAUUUAUUGUAGAUGUAGAGAUCUAUCGAGAUGAGUGUCAUCUUGCGUGAUAGCAGUUCUGGCGCUUUUAUUUCCCAUGAAGUUUUCCUCAAAAGGACUUAUUCGACAGCCGGUUUAGCGCCCGCAGAUCAAAUGUUUGGCCUGCGGACACCAUUCAUGACGGAAGCCCAAGCGGCCAAGACAGCAGCCCGGAUGAUGGGCGAGUCGACCGCUGGACCGGCGAGGAAACGAAUCCGAUCACAAAAAACAGAAUCUCCCAAUAAUACAGAAGAAAAAUUAAAUGAGGUCGGCGAUGUCCAAGAAAAAAUGAGCUAUGUCAUAAAGUUGGCCAAAGCUUCUGGUUUUUUUAAUCUUGAACUGACUCCAAAAGAUUUUGUUUCAAAUAAUUCUCCAGCUAGGCAAUUUUCAGAUAUGGUUUUUAAGCAAUCAAAUCUCUUCGGCGAUUCAGCGUCAUUUCAAGACAAGAACACAAAAAAUAAACCUGUUUUGCGUUGCAUCCGUGGAGAAAAUUAUGUUUUGCCUGGAAACUGUCGGUUCUUUUGUGGUGACUUGUUCAACUCGAUGAAUUUCUUGAGUAGCGAAACUUUUGAUUUGGUCAUCGUCGACCCUCCGUGGUGGAAUAAAUACAUCAGGAGAAUAAAAUCUGCUGCUCGUCACUCAACAUAUCCAAUGAUGUACAAUAAAGACUUGUCCAAAAUUCCGGUGGGCAAUUAUUUGACUGCUGAGGGACUAGUUGCUAUUUGGUGCACAAAUAGUCCUAAUAAUAUUAAAGAACUGAUUGAAAUGGUCCUGCCUGAGUGGGGUUUUCAGAGUGUGGCUACAUGGUUUUGGGCAAAGGUCACCAAGGCUGGUGAAACGGUGUGUGCUUUUUCUCAACCGCCAGGAAAACAGCCUUACGAAAGAAUUAUUUUUGCUAGAAAAAUUUGCAAAACGGAUCUGCCGAAUCCAGUUGAUAAGCAGGUACUGAUCAGUGUCCCAAGCGCAGUCCAUAGCCACAAGCCACCUCUCACUGAGGUGCUUGCUCCGUAUUUGCCACAAAAUUUUAAAACGCUUGAGCUUUUUGCACGAAAUUUACUGCCUAACACAACUAGCUGUGGACUGGAAGUACUUAAGCUGCAGCACGAGAUUUUGUUUCAAAAGCAGGUUUCUUUGGCGGAACCAGCACCUCUGGAACUUCAAGCGGCUUCGCAAGUUUUGGUGGUGCAACAAAAUUUGCUGCCUAACACAACUAGCUGUGAACUGGAAGUACUGAAGCCGCAGCACGAGAUUUUGUUUCAAAAUCAGGGUGAAGCUGAAGCUACCAACCAUUCUCCAGGCGUGUCUGUGUUCCUGGGCGGCGUCGCUGCGUCUGGAGCAACUGGUGUCGUAAAAGAGGAUCGUCCUGUCGCUCAUGGCAAAAGCCACUGCACUCGCGUCCUCCAUCAGAACGGCGUCGCACAAUGAAGGGCCGCUUUUUCCAUUUCUGGGCAACGCGUACGAGGCAAUUGGGGCCUCGCCGGGGGACGUCCCGUUGGCCACCACCACAGUCGCUCGCCGCGACGCCAGCAGCAGACACGAGGUGGUCACCGCCUCCAUACGCAUGACCUGUACCAAAGUGUCCCUCUGGGCAGGAGGGUGAGAUUUAAUUAAUAAAAGGUUCAAGCAUAAUUUUGUUUCUGUAUUGACGGGAAAAGUACCUGACAUUUGAAUAGCGAGUGGUAUGUGAUGUGCUCGAUGCUGAUUUCGCUGGGUGCGUUUGGGUUGAUGAUUUCGUCAUCUUCUAAAUCUUGAAGUUCCC